AAACACACAACAACACCCACACAAUAUGCCAGCUGUCGGCGACCAACAUCGUGGUGGCCCCGCGGCCAUUAGGAUGCCUAAUGGUCCGGGUCCCGUCCUUACAAACCCUUUCGAGGAACCCGAACGCCGGAUGAGCGAGUACACUGCUAUGCAAAUUGCCACACUCCAAGCACGUCUGGAUAGGAAACUUGGACCCGAAUACAUCUCUUCACGACCCGGUGGUGGCGGCCAGAAAGUGCAUUAUCUCUCCGCGGAUAAAUGCAUUAACCUUGCAAACGAGGUGUUUGGGUUUAAUGGCUGGUCGAGUUCAAUUCAGAGGGUUGAUAUUGAUUUUGUUGACGAGAAUGAAACCACGGGAAAGGUCAAUCUUGGACUAUCGGUUAUUGUGAGAGUUACGCUUAAGGAUGGGUCUUUUCACGAGGACAUUGGCUAUGGCCACAUCGAGAAUUGCAAGGGCAAAGCGGCUGCAUUCGAGAAAUCCAAGAAAGAAGGGACAACAGAUGCUUUGAAACGCGCACUGAGGAACUUCGGAAAUGUCUUGGGUAACUGCGUUUAUGACAAAGAUUAUCUGUCCAAGGUCACCAAGAUAAAAACCGGGCCCGCUAGAUGGGAUGUUAGUGACCUCCACCGCCAUCCGGACUUUGCACCAAUAAAAAGAGAACCCGUUCCGAAUAUCAAAAUGGUGGAAGAUGAUGACUUGCCUCUUCCACGUCCAACUGAGCCUGCAAGAAGCAGUGCCCCCAGCCAUGCAACAGCGUUCGACGGCGAUGGUGAAUUUGGCAGUGAUCUUUUCGACGAAGCCGACUUUGUGGUGACACAUACUGGAAAUCCCGACGAGAUUGUGAUAGAACCAGAGCAGCCUCAACAACCACCGACUCCUAUGAACCGCCCAUUCCCUCAAAGAGCACCACCCCCAGGCCGAUUCGACUCGAAUGUCGUCACCCCUUCAAAACCUGAGAGAUGGAGCGAUGCAAAUAACCCUGCUGCAAGACAAUCAUUACCACCAAACGCGCGACAGAACCCAUCUAUACCUGAUCAAAGACGACCGAUGGCUGCACCCGGCCCGCCACAUAACAUGCCCAACGGUCGACCGAAUGGCCCACCUCAGCCAAUGCCGAAUGCCAACGCACAACCUACGAUCAAAAGAGAGCCCGCACCCACAUUCAACCCAGACAACUCAAAUCAGGCUCCGCCUCAAACUGUGGGGUUCUUCUCGGCCCGGGCGGCUGAUCAGCUGCGAGAUAACCCCAACGCCGCACCGAUCCCUGGAUCGCAAUUCGAUCCUCAUGCGGAGAGUCCAUCUAUCCGCAAAACUGCCGGAAUCGAUCAUACCAAAACCGUCGCGGUGGUGAGAACCGGAAAUGGCGUCUCACCAGCCCCAGAGAAAGGACGCUCACAAGACUUUGUCAAUCCUGCAACGAACAUGCAGCACCGAGUUGGCGGCGCAGCAGGUCAGCCAGGUGGUUUCGGCAGCCCAUUAUCUCGAGGUCCAUCUGUUUCGUCCUUCAAACCUUUGACCCGACCGAAUAUCGACCCGAAGAAUGCCACCAACUCAGGCCCAGUCACCCGUGGGGCUAGCGUACCUCCACAAAAUAUCAACGGCAAGCGCCCUCCAUUGAGCGAUGUUACCAACGCCAAUGCUUCACCUGGCACAAAUCCCACCACCGCACCUCCACCUACUGGCCCGAAUGACCCGAAGCGACCCCGGAUGGCAGAUAGCGCACAUAGCCAGCCACAACAACAGCAUCAGCAACCGCCUCGACCUCCUCAGCAAUAAGAAUACCCCAUUUUGCUUUUUGAAUAUCACGGGGUGAUGCAUCGUUAUGCAAUGAGCGGGUAUUAUUUUGCCAUUAUCGGUAUCUCGGCUUGUUUUCCCCCUUACUCAAGGCGUCAUUGUUAUAGCAUGGUUAGCAUGCUGGGAAACAAUGGGGGCGUUGGGGUGUACGUCAUUAUUUUAAGAUUGAGAGGUUGGACUCGGUUUAUGUCUCGAUGUUUGAGGGAGGAGGUCGAGGUCGACCUUCGAUAGAACCUUUCAUUAGUCUCAUUACAGAUCUAGAUUUCGGAA